GGGGUCCCCGACCCCGCGGUUGGGAAACACUCAAUGUAUUUGCAUGCGCGAUACAUCUAAUCCAAAAACAGACACCUUUCUGUGCUUAAUUAAAGGCCACAUUUUGUUUGCGUUAAAAGAAUGGAGGUAGAUGAUUGGAGGACCAGAGGUUGAUGUGGGCGGGAGGUGCAGUUCUCCGUGUCCGACACUGGGUGCUGCUUCAGAGGGACGAGCUGCUGUGCUGCAGAGGGAGACCGACGUGCGACGUGGAAAGGCAGAAUGGCACUACACGUCUGUUGCGUUUCAACAAGCGGAAUCCCGGCGACACCAUGAGAGCAGACGACCAGCUUCCAGCACAGUCUGAUGCCAAAAUGUAGCACUGAUUGUCAAACUAAGUCACCACUUGUGAGAAGAAGAAUCCGCCGUCAUGGACGGAGGGUUAACUAUCACUUUAAUAUCGGUUGCGAUGUUUGUGGGCUGUUUAGCACUCGGAUUCAUCCCACUGUUGUUCAGACUUUCUGAGAAAAGCCUGCAGUUUGUCUCCAUCCUCGGGGCAGGACUCUUGUGUGGGACAGCGCUGGCCAUCACCAUCCCCGAGGGAGUGGGCUUACUGGAGGAGUCAUGGAGAGCAUCAUCCUCAUCCUCCUCCUCCUCCUCUGAUGCGCAGUCCGGUCUGAAUGGCAGUGAGAAAAAUAAAAUUGUAACCUCCACAGAGAAAGGCCCUCCGCCUCGGUUCCUCAUUGGGGUGGCUCUAACUUUCGGGUUCACCUUCAUGUUUGUAGUGGAUCAGAUCGCAAGUUACCUCUCCAUUCGUGACCGAACGGCUCGUUUGCCCAACACUGUCGGCAUCACAGCCACUUUGGGGCUGGUUAUUCAUGGUGCAGCCGACGGAUUUGCUGUGGGUGCAGCUGUGGCCACGGGUCAAGUGACAGUGCAGGUUAUAGUGUUUUUAGCUGUGAUCCUACACAAGGCGCCUGCAGCUUUUGGUUUGGUCUCCUUUCUGAUGCACACAGGCCUCGAAAAGAAGUACAUUCAGGGACAUUUACUGGCCUUUUCGGCAGCAGCACCGAUACUUGCCAUCACGACAUACUUCAUAUUACAUGCAUCUGGCAGUUCAUCUCAGAGCCAGCUCAGUGCGACAGGUGUGGGAAUGCUCUUCUCAGCUGGGACUUUCCUCUACGUGGCCACGGUGCAUGUUCUCCCCGAGGUCAAGACGGGACAACCGCCCACUGACCUCCAGCGGCACACCGGAGCCGAGGGCCGCCAUCAGCAGCACCUGGGGCUCCUGGAGAGCCUCACCCUGGUCCUCGGGGUCGGGCUCCCGAUGGUGCUGGCUCUCGGGCUGCAUGACGACUGAGAAGAAAAUGUCUAUGGGCUAUUAAGUGAAGCGCAAAGGGCACAGUGCCGCUACAGCUGAAAGGAAAACUCCUCGAGUUUACCUUUUUAAACUGUGUUUCUGUUUCAGUGAAACUUGUCUUAAAGUCCAGCUAUUGUUUGAGUAUCAAAGUGGGUGUAAGGAAUCUGAUAGCUAAUGCAUUGUCCAUGGUAGAAUGAGUUUCCCUGAAUGUCAAUAAAAGGGUAUCAUUUG